AUGGCGUCGCUGCAUCUGCCGGUACCAUCUUUGAGGCUUCUAAGAUUUCUUCGCCUACAAUCGGAAAAUCUGAGCUUCUUUAGCCCCAACCAUGACCGUGCCGUUAGACUAAGCCAGCCUAUGCGCAAGACAUUAUGCACAGCUAGGAAAAGUCAAAGAAGUUCAUUGCGAUUAGGGACUACUGUAGAGACCUCUCGGGAUGCGCCAUUACAAGCCGGCAUGUUAGAUUUGGAUGCGCUCAUACAGACUCGGUGCUACAGAGCUUCAAGAACAGUUCGCUCAAAGAAUCACCCAUACUUCUGCUCGAAUAUAGGCCUUCGGUACAGCUCCUCGGACCGACCGCCGCCGCCUCCAUGUCCACCUUCUUGGCGAGAGAGACUUUGGGGCUUUGGAGCGAAAAGCUCUAAACCUUUAGAGCCAGACGAUCUACCCGAUGUAGAAGGCGCUGAUGGUAGCUCCAUGUUUAACAAUAGGCGCCAGCUCAGCCAAAAAGCAGCCUUGGAACCAAUGUUACGAUGUACCGAAGUUGAUGAGAACGGAAAUGUUAUACUGGUUGAUGGCGAAUUUAAGAAGAGCGAGCUAAUUGCAAGGUUCGGCUUGUUGCCUCGUGAUCUACGAAAAAUUGACUCGUCCAAUCUACCACAUAUCCUCGUUCGACCGACUGCUAUCCUGCUGAAUCUUCUGCACCUCAAAGUUCUCAUUAAAUACAAUCGCGUCUUACUGUUCGACGUAUAUGGCUCCAAAGCCUCUUACCCUCAAUCGGCUUUCAUGUAUGAUCUACAGGGAAAGCUCCAGCAGAAGGCGGCUCCUGGGAAUGGAGGCCUUCCUUACGAAUUUCGAGCUCUGGAAGCCGUUCUUCAGUCCGUCACUCAAGAGUUAGAAGCUGAUUUCGAAGCGGUCCGUGACCCGGUAAUCCGUAUAUUAAGCGAGCUCGAGGAUGAUAUUGAUCGGCACAAGUUGCGCAUUCUCCUCGUACUCUCCAAGCGAGUGAGCACGUUCGUGCAAAAAGCUAAGCUUGUCCGUGAGGCCAUCGAGGAACUUCUCGAAGCCGACGAUGAUUUAGCUUCGAUGUAUCUUACUGAGAAAACACACGACAUUCAACGAGAACUCGACGAUCACACCGAAGUUGAGAUGCUGCUAGAGUCGUAUCAUAAACUCUGUGAUGAAAUCGUACAGGAAGCACAAAACCUGACGUCAGGCAUUCGAAAUACUGAAGAUAUUGUUCGGGCAAUUCUAGAUGCAAACCGUAACUCUCUCAUGCUCUUAGAAUUAAAGUUCAGCGUUGGAACAUUAGGCCUAGCUAUGGGCACGUUCAUCGCUGGCCUUUACGGUAUGAACCUCGAGAACUUCAUCGAAGAGACGCACUGGGGAUUCGCUAUGGUCACAGGUGUUUCUAUCGUAAUAUCUCUAUGGGUGUGCAAGUACGGUCUAGACAGGCUCAAAAAGGUCCAGCGCGUCAAGAUGCAGGGCGAUGACAGGAAGAGCUUAGGACCCGAUUAUCAUUGGUUCCACGAUGAGGGAAACGUGGGUCUAUUAGACCCCCGGAAUCGCGAGAUGAUAAGACGGCUUAAUAUGAAAAAGGAUCAGGCUGAGAAAAGGAAGCGGUUAUAA